GGAGGAGUCUUCUGUUCAUUUUCAUCAUGGCUGCAGUUCAGACUGAGGUUUCCCUGUGCUCACAACCUUGGCAGAGAUCCUUUUACAUCUAUGGGGGGUUGGCAUGCAACUCGCUGAUGGCUGACUUCUGGUCAGACAGAACUCCUCUCCAUGAAGCUGCCUACCAAGGCCGACUGCUACAAUUGAGAAGCCUCAUCGCUCAGGGCUUCCAUGUAGACACACUUACCAUGGACAGAGUCUCUCCUCUCCAUGAAGCUUGCCUUGGUGGUCAUUAUGCUUGUGCAAAGUUCCUGCUGGACAAUGGUGCAAAUGUGGAGGCAGUAUCAACCAAUGGCGCCACGCCGCUCUUCAACUCUUGCAGCAGUGGGAGUGCUACCUGUGUCAGGCUCAUGUUGCUGCACAGUGCCUCCCUCCACACCCCCUACCUGCUGGCAUCACCCAUCCAUGAGGCUGCUAAGAAAGGUCACACAGAGUGUCUGAAGGUGCUGCUGUCGUAUGGAGCUCAUAUCGACAUGGAGCUGCCGGUAGUUGGGACGCCGCUGUAUUCCGCCUGCAUGGCCCGGGCUGCAACCUGCGUCGCAAUGCUACUACAAUCAGGAGCAGAUGUUCGAAUCGGGUGUGGGCAGGACAGUCCUUUACAUGCUGCAGUUCGAGGGGAAGGCGCCAUCAUAGUGGAUCUUCUUCUGGACUUUGGGGCUGAUGGGUGUUGUAGGAACGUAGACGGAAAGACUCCUCUGGAUCUGUCGACGCCGAACAGCGCAGUAAGAAUAGCGCUGCAGAAAAAAGGUCCCUGCUCUCUGACUCAGCUCUGUCGGUUUUGUAUUCGUCGAAGUCUGGGAAGGAGUCGUCUCCAUAGAGCCUCUGGCCUCUUCCUCCCUCUUAGUAUUAAGGACUUUCUUCUCUACCAGUGAAAUGUUUCUGCUCUGCUACUGCAGCUCUUUGAUAGAUAGAUAGAUAGAUAGAUAGAUAGAUAGAUAGAGCCUGUUGUCUGUGUCUGUUGUCCCAGGUAUAUGUACUCAUCAACCAUGUCCACAUCUCCCCCAGAAUGCAAAGGGGCUGGGAGCCGCACCAGUGCUCCGUACUCUCCAUCCUGCUGGUGUCGUCAGGGCCGGCAGCUUUGCGCUGGCCAAUAAAACGGGAGGCACGUAUACAGACUGUUGUAAUUCCUACACCGUUCACCUUAUUUGGAUGUAAAUAUGCUCAAAUUAAAGCUGAAAGUCGGCAGUUAAAGCCCAUCUGGUUCGCUUCAUUUCAAAUCCAUUGUGGUGGUGUAUAGAGCCAAAAAGAUUAGAAUUGUGUCAAUGUCCCGAUAUUUAUGGACCCGACUGUAUACUGAGUUGCCCUUCACAUUUGUGCCUUGUCCCCGACUAACAAGGCAAAGUAAAAAAAAAAAAGUUAUUCAGAGAAUGGGACUCAUCUGUAUUUUGCAGUAACUUUAAUGUAUCAGGUUUUGUAUUUAUACUUUUAAUGAAGAGCUCUCCAUUCCGCAUCUAUGGAUUUUACAUCAUUCCAAAUGUUUUUAAAGGAAAACUACAGAUUUUACAAUCUAAGUCUGGAUAGUACUUUUGCAUGUGUGGGGAGAAAAGUUGUGGAAGGGAGCUGUGCGGAAUCUGUCAUGUUGCCUUGAGUGGCGUCUCUUGAGUCAGUAUCCAUUAAGGACUAAAAAUCUGGAGGUGUGGAGUUAGAAAGAAGUGAUGUUACCAGACCUCUCUAGCCCAUUCCUCACCUCUGCUUGAUGCUCACAAGGCAACACUAGCCUAUAUAGCAUUACAGACCCGAGUUGUUGUAUUGUGGGUAAUGUAGGCAAAUGUUUUUGACAAGGGAAUAAUGUGUGGAAUAAGAAGAAGAUAUCUCUGGUUCUGCCGCAUCAACUUGCAUUCUUUUUUAUGUGCAAACUAAAUUGGUGGACUGGUAUUGUUAUGCAGGAUUAUAAAGUAUUUUAAAGAUGAUUGUAAUGUUUUGUAUUAUCUAUACUUAUCUUUUGUGAUCUAUGUCUUUUCUUUCAGAAUUUGGUGUUUCACUGUUUUAGCUUUAAUUGGCUCAUAAUUUCACAAUUGGUGUGGAGUGCAUUGCCUUGUCACUACUUCUGAUCUGUUUGCUAGUCAAAUAUUUGAGGUUUACAAACAGUAAUGUGGAGUCAUUUGCAGUUGUGUGCCCUAAUGUGCAAUAUAGUACAUAUGCAGUAAGUUGUGUAUUUGCAGGGGAGUUUCUCUAUGAACAUUACCCUAAUAGUCAUCCUGCUAUUAGCACAUUUGUACAUCCACUGCACUUCCUACAAUAAAAUCUUCUGA